AAGAAAUCGCACAGGGAAAGGUGCUGGUCGUGUAGUGGACAUUUUUGUUUUUGUUUUGUUGCCCUGCGGAUAUGCAGAUCUGGUUUGAGUCGAUCGCCGAACGUAGGAGGAUGUGACGGGUCGGAACCGGUUGAUUUAGGUCUGGGUCGGUACUGCGACUUGAAAAUAAGGAACUGACCAUACUACGACUAGCCCAGGGUUAAAGAACUGAGAACGGCGGCAGUACUCGUGUGUGUUUCAAGAGGACGCAGUCAGCAUGAUUGAGGUAGUGGCCACCCUGUCUCGCGGCCCAGUCUUCCUGGCAGGAGAGACGCUGGAGUGUCUCAUCACCUUCACCAACCCCCUCUCCCACCGCUCCACCUCUGCCAGCAGUGAGAUGCUGGCCUGGGCGAGCGCUCAGAUCCUCUGCCAGUUUCACGGCAGCGAGAACCGGGUGGCGCUGCCAUCUGAGGGGCCCAAACAGGACGUGCAGGCAAAGAGCGACACUGUGCUCGUCCCCAACAGAGGGGAGCGGGGGCACUGCAUGCUUUCAACUCCUCCAAAGAUUCUGUUCUGUGACCUAAGACUGGACCCAGGAGAGUCCAAAUCCUACUCGUACUGUGAGACGGUGCCUCUGGAUGCCCCGCCCACAUUCCGCGGUCAGUCUGUGAAGUACGUCUACAAGCUGACCAUUGGCUGCCAGCGCGUCAACUCUCCAAUCAAACUGCUGCGGGUCCCCUUCCGGGUGCUGGUGGUGCACGGCCUGGAGGACCCCCCGUUCCCCCGAGACGAGGUGGUGGCACCUUCAAACCCCUUCUUGGAGGAGGAAGAAGGGGUGAAGAAGGACUCGCGCCUGCUGGAGAUCGCCACAGAGAUGCUCAUGAUGACCACAUCACGCCGCAGCCAGCACCUGUUCAACAUCACUAAUGUACGAGGGAAGGUGGGGAAAUUCUGCAUUUUCAAGAUGGUGUACAGGAUCGGAGAGGAUAUUGUAGGGACCUUCGACUUCUCCGAGGGAGACAUUCCCUGUCUCCAGUUCUCAGUGAGCCUGCAGAGUGAGGAGCAUGUCGAGGAGCAGUACCAGCGGCGGCCGGGCCAGCCUGCCUCUCUGACUGCACACACCCGGCACCAGGAGUCCUGCCUGCACACCGCGGCCACGCACUUCUGCCUACCCAUCCCUCUGAGUGCCACGCCUGGGUUCAACACUGACAUUGUGUCUCUGAGAUGGCGUCUUCACUUCGAGUUUGUUACAGCCCGAGACCCUGUGGAACCGCCCACCGUCCCUGAGAACCAAUCAGAGGUCAUCACCUGGACGGGGGCGGAUCACAUCGAUGUGGACACCUUCAGCUGGGACCUGCCCAUCAAGGUGCUGCCCACCAAUCCUGUGCUAGCUUCCUAUGUCACGCAGUUUCCAGGGUCCAAUUCCAUCACCAUCUGAGUUGAAUUCCCUCAGACCCCCAGUGCAAAGUUCUCUGAAGUAUAUUGUACUGAAUGUGCUGGCCUUCAGACCCCCAGUGCAGAGUUCUAUGAAGUAUAUUUUAUUAAAUGUGCUGGCUCUCAGUUCCCCAAUACUGAGUUGUCUAUUUUGUAUUGAAUUAGCUGGCUCUCAGAUCCCCCAGUACAGUACUGUGUUCUCUGUACAGAACUUUAUUGAAUUUGCUGGCUUUAUUAUCUCUCUAUCUGACUGUGAGACCACAGUUUUAUAUUCCUACAUAUUCUGUUGAUUUUUAAUCUGUAUUUAACUGCAUUUGACAGCUGUAAUACAUUACAGACAUACAAGCAGUGUCAUGUUCCUAAGGAUUUUAUUGUAUAUGAAAUAACUUUGUUAGGAUUUUUUAAUGUGAGGUGCUUGUCGUUAAUAAUCAUGUAGGUGGUCUGGAAUGUAUGUGAACGGCAGUGAAAACUUGUCCUUAAUUUAUAGUUUAAUAAAUUGCAGCAGAGACUAACCAAACAAUUAAAGCUUCAAUUAAUAAAAAGUAAGAAAAAAAAAAAAAACUUCAUGCAAUUAUGUAAGAGCUGUUAUUUGAACAUUGGUUGAUUCUUGCCAGUUCUGUCAGAUUUUUCUUUAUUUUUACAAAAAAAAAUGUUACAAACUUCGAAAGACGCUGCUGGUCAACGUUUUGUCUAAUUUACAGUGAAUUUCUUUCGAUUUGAAUUUAAGGUACGGGUGGGAAAAAACAUAGAGAACGUCUGAGUAAUUGCGCCUUCAUAUUAAUGCCUUUGUUAAUGUCCAGUUUCUGUCUCGUUUUACAAAGGUUUUAAAACACAGGCUCUUUUGAGUGUGAACAGAUAUUUGAACAUGUUUUUUGAUUCUUUCCCUCUGACUCGCUUUUGUUUUGAUUGUUGUUUUUGUCUUUUCUUUAUUUGUGAACGACACACACUGCUACACCUGGUGGUGGCACACCGACACUGCCGUCUUCUCUUCUGUUUUUAUUAAAAGGAAAUAUAUAGCAAACAUGCAUUUUCAUUUAAAACAUGCUAUCUGGCAGUAUUGGGGUCAAAUCCUGUUUUUCAAUUCCAUUUCCAGUUCAUUGUUAAAAUCCAUUUCCAGUUCCAAUUUCCUUGUAAUCAAUUCCAACACAUCAUUGAUCAAAAUGGUAAUUAGUAGUAUUCUGUUAAAAUGAGCUUCUCACAGUGGCAACAAAUAACUUUUUUUUUUUU